GUAGUACUCCACUCGACCAAUUCCGAGUGGUUCGCUUUGGGGCCAGUAGACCGGUUCGUCAUUCGUUCUAACAUGUUUGCGUUGGCGAAGCUCAGGGUUGUCAAAGAUUUAUUCGAUGAGUUUUUACAACAUUCCGAGGUAUCUUUUGAUGAAUACAGGCGUAGGCUUUGCGAUGUUUACGGUACUUUUUCCUUUGAAGAAAAAUCGGUAAUUCCCCCCUCAUCUUUCGUAAUUCUAUUCAGUUUUUUGGGGAAUAUGUAAGAAGUGAAAUAAAGCUACCACUCGCGAAGCUAUCUAAGAAGUAUGAGUCUUUUGGCUCAGAGCAGUUGAUCAAAGUGUACUCAGACCUUAUGUUCUCUUUAUAUCUAACAGACUUAAGGUCCACAUGCUCUUUAUCUUGGAAUGUCAAAGACUCUCUACGACCACGCAAGAGCUGUCUGCAGAUCCAGAACUGAGCGACUGGAUUACGGGGUUGGCUGGGAGCUUGAGUGUUUGUUUUCCUGAUAGAUGUCAGUGGAAGAAUUUUCUUAACGACAACCUCGUAAGAAACUAUGGCCCGUGUUUUGGGCGAACGCUAUACAAUGUGUAUCUUAAUCUCGGUCUGGAGCCUCCGGAAUGCUUACCUCGGGACGAAUCAGAGUUAUCGGAAACCUAUUCAUCGAUUUCAGACAAUGUCGAAGAGAAAGACAAAUGUGCCGAACCGUCAACAAGUACACCAGCUGUGACCAAGUCCUGUGUGACACGCUCCACCCUGAGACAGUCGCUUCCGCGGGCGCUUUUCGCUGAUCCUGCCAUAAUGGCCGCAGCGGAUGUCAUGUCAAGGUCGUCCCCUGCGUCCCCGGAAACUGCACGCACUCCUUUGACUGCAUCUACCCCAGCACUGACCGCUGCGCAUCGAUCCGCUCGUGAUUCAAGCAGCAUGGAAUCUCACACAUCAACGUCCACUUCUCAGCUGGUCCUGAUUAACUCACAACGGUCCCGACGAAAAUGUCGCACACCCACCAAACGGCUUUCGGUUGAUAAAUCAAGACGCAGUAAAAAUGGACAAGCUCCUACAGACAAAUCAGUUUCCGUUUCAAACUCUACUAAAGGCACCCCUUCACGAGCCGCGCAGAAACAUUCCAACCCGGCGACCCAACAGCGUCGUCGUACGGAACCCACCCGGCAGUAUAAAUCGGCAAAUGCCAAACGUAAUUUGAGUACAUCGGGUUCAGAUGCUUUGGUCACAAUUGCGGAUGCAGAGCGUAAGACGCCAAAAUCUCAGUACCGACGGUCCGUUCGGGAGACUCCGAAUCCCGAACGAUCAUAUCCUCGUUGGGAAAGGGCCAGGUUGGCUGCGGCUGAAAAGACCAAAAAUAAGGCCAUUAUUGUAGAGGAAUCACCCAUUAAGCCGGCCACAUCUAUGGGAAGCCCUCUGCGUCGCUUGCGGCGCGCAAAUUCGAUGCUUGCGAACCUACUUUAUGUGGAGGCCAGGGAAUCGGCAGGUACCUUGAGUCAAAGUUCCAGUCUACCCAGGGACACCGAAGAUGCCUUAGCUGCUCCGUCGGAUCAGCCCGGUUCGGAUGGAAGCGGAUGUCUCUCCGUUACAAUGUCCCGCGCCGAACGGUGGCGUCGACAGCGACUUGAGGAAGAAUGCAGUCUCAGCCAGUUCACCUUCUCAUCACCAACGAAGCCCGCUGAAGAGUCCGUCGAGCGUAAACCAUCUGGAAUUGUGGAGUUGUCGAGAUUGACACCGAAAUCCGGAUUGUUGUGUAUUCCUACUAGCCUGGGGAGAGAAAACUCCAAUCUGUUCGCCAACAUGGCAUCGCCCGAAUCGCAGGGUUCUGGAUUUUUGACGCAAUCUCCCAUGGCCAGUCCCAUGAAAACCCCUCGAAAAAAUAUAUUCCACUUUAUUCUAAGUCCUCCGCCCACUGUAUCUCCGUUGUCUCCUCGGCGGACCGCAGUGGCUGGAACCGCCUGUACUCCUCUGCUUUCCGGUGUGUAUACCUCGCAGUCCUCUCCCCAAGUGGGUCACAAACCAUCGGACAGGAAACCACGAACUCCACGGACUACUCCCAGACGCCGUCUGACAGUGGUCGGUCGUUGUCGCGCACGGCAUUCAUCCGGCGGCGGCCUCCCUCGAGCUAUUCCAUCCUUCCCACAAAUCUUCGAUGAAGACGCUAUGUUUUUGGGCCGAGAAGAAUUCCUAAACCAAACCAACACAAGUACUACCCCAGGUGUCGAAAGCCCCCUGCGGACACCCAGCGACACUUCAGACCACAGUAUCACCACUGAACUUUCUACCACAAACAGGCACAAGCGGCAUUGUGCGUUCCCGUCUGCUUCUCCUACGGAUGCACCAGUGAUGCGUCUAUCAAAGGCGGCUCCCGAUAAUCUUGGGCCGUCGAGCAAACGUUUGACUCGACGACAAUCACACAAACCAACAAACCCCAUUCCCACCACACUUGACAACGAAGUUCCCGAAUUCCUGUUGAAGAGACCUCGUCGUUCACCCUUCGCUCCUUUGCAUGUGUUCAACAGAGCAUCUACUACUACCACUGUCAGUGAGCGGGACAAGGGUUUUCCUACAAGUGAGUUGCUGGAUUGUGGUACCACUACCACCGCGAGCAGUCAGAGCGCUUCUGCCGUCGUGGCCCUACGAACCCGGUUGUUUGGCAACAGCGAUUCGAGCGAUGCAAUUUCUACUGAUUUCGACAAACAAUCAACGUUAGAGAACUCACAAUCCACUCGGGUAAUCUACGUUGCCGGUGCGUCCAACGAUAACAAGGAGAAUUUCGUUGCCUCCACUUCCGGCACUCAUCCGCUUGACACUCCUCCAAGCCGCAUUGCUCUAGUAUCUCAUCGGAAACAACUGCAUCACAGCGUGCAUGAAGACGUGGACCUACGGAAGCCCUUGUCUACCAAAGAAUGCAACUUCCGAGCAUCUUCUUUGUGUUCCGGUAGCCGAACAGCCAACGCCAGACCCCGACGAUCUUUGUUCCAAUAGACCUACUAUGACUGUACAUGUCUUCUGUGAUGCCUUGGCGUCUUUACACGUCUACUGUCAUAUCCCACCAAUUCACUGCGGUGUUCUUUUUCCUUGUUUCCUCCCCGGUGCUUAUCUGCUUCCUUGUUGUUUUACCGCUGCGUGCUUCGUUGCUUUUGUACAUAUUCGAAUGAUUACGAUUUCAAAUUUAUCUGUUUAAUUCCGUUCCGCGCUGAGACUCAAAUGUUCUUUUCAUCUUUUCGGCUAGUGUCAUCACCAAUUGUGCGAUUCUCUGAUUAACAAAUUCACGAAUGACUGUCCUGGCAGUUUAUAUGUAAAUACAUGAGAUUGGCGACAUCCG